AUGGAAAAGAGAUGUCAUACCAUGGAUGAAUGUCUUCGUCGCGCAAGCUUAAUAGAUAUUGUAUUCUCUUGGACUCUUGACGAUCUUCUCCAUGAAAAUCUUUUCAAAUUCCAGGUACCGAAGAUUCCAAAAACAUUCUCUUCAACAGAAGAUUACAUGAAUUCAUUCUUUCCUGCAUUGAUUGAGGAAACACAUAGUGAUCUAUAUUCAAGCUUGUUGAAUGUUCCUCAAGCUUCUUUUUGCGAAAUUAGGACAAUGGAAACAUCAAAGGAUUUCAAUCCUCCGUUCGACUUGUUCUAUAAAAUCACAUUGAAGAACAUUACUGAUGAAGUGUACGGUGCAGGGAAAUAUGAGCCCGAGGUUGGUGACCUCAUUGCAUUCACAAAUAUGCGACCGAAAAGUGUGGAUGACUUGAGCAGGAUCAAAAGAUACUGUCAUAUGGCUUAUAUUUGUGGAUCAAGAGAUGAAUUUACUGAUGAGAUUAUUAUACUGUUGUCCAAGGAGAUGAAUAAUAACUUUAAUUUGAGGACGAACAAAGCUCAGAAACUCUAUGCUGUUUAUCUCGUAAACAUGACCACAAAUGUUCGAAUUUGGAAAGCCUUGAACUUGGAAAUGGAAGGAUCCAGCGUGAAUGUAAUUAAAGAAGUGUUGCAGCCUUAUUCAGGGUUGGAACAAAACUGUCCUGCUUGUCUGUCCGGAAUGAAUUUCAGUCGAGCCUAUUCCCGAGUGAAAGCCCUAAUCAAAGCUCAGAAUCUAAACAAAUCUCAGGAAGAUUCUGUUGCAAGCUGUCUUCAUAUGAACAAGUGUCAUCACAAUGAUCCUAUAAAACUUAUAUGGGGUCCCCCAGGAACUGGAAAAACAAAGACAGUUGCUUCAAUGCUAUUUUGUCUCCUCAAGUUAAGAAUCAGGACAGUAACAUGUGCUCCAACAAAUACUGCAGUUUUGGCUGUGGCGUCGCGCCUUCACAACAUAGCUAAGGAUUCACUUGAGCAUGGUUCAUAUGGUCUUGGUGACAUAGUUCUCUUUGGAAAUGGUAAAAGAAUGAAAAUAGAUUCUUAUAAAGGUCUUAAUGAAGUGUUUUUGGAUAAUAGAGUGGACGAUUUGUUAUACUGUUUUUCCCCAUUGACUGGAUGGAAAAAUAGUUUGGAAUCAAUGAUCAAGUUACUCAAGGAUCCUGAAGCGCAAUAUGCUUUAUAUAAGAAUGGGGUGAAUGCAAAUGUUAUGUCAUUAGAAGACUUUGUAUCUGGAAAUCACAGAAAUGUGAAAGGUUCAUAUUUUUCAUACAAGAAACGGUGUAAGCAUCACUGUCUUAUGAGAUUGGAGGAUUUUGUGAAGAAGAGAUAUGGCUAUAUUAUAGAGCAAUAUGAUAUGUAUCUAGAUGAUGAAAAGUUAAGUGUUGGUAUGAGUAUGGAACAGUUUUUAAGACAAAGAUUCUGUGUAUAUGGAAAGAAAUUGAAGUCAUUCAUAAAAACUUUGUCUACUCAAUUACCAACAUGUUUGCUUCCAAUUAAGGUGGUGAUGAAGAUUUUUAGAGUUCUUGAGUUGCUGAAGUCUCUUGAAGUUUCCAUGAAUCAAAGCAAACUAAAACAAGCUUUUCAUGGUUUUUCUGAAGAUGCAAAAGUCAUUUUUGCUUGGUUUGGAUGGUUAAACUUAGAAAAAGAAUUACUUGAGACACUUUGUUUUCUUUCAAAAACUAUUAAGCUUCCUAAGCUUACAACAAAAUAUGGAAUAUCUCAGUUUUGCUUGAAGAAUGCAUGUAUUCUUUUGUGUACAGCUUCAAGUUCUUCUAAAUUGUUCACAGAAGGAAUGAAACAGGUGGAGUUCUUAGUGAUUGAUGAAGCUGCUCAACUUAAAGAAUGUGAAUCAACUAUUCCGUUGCAACUAUUUGGCGUCAAACGUUGUAUUCUCAUUGGUGAUGAGAAACAACUUCCAGCAAUGGUCAAAAGCAAGAUUGCUGACAGGGCUGAAUUUGGAAGAAGCUUAUUUGAGAGGCUAGUAAUGUUGGGAUACAAGAAGAAUAUGCUUAAUGUUCAAUAUAGAAUGCAUCCCUCCAUUAGCAUGUUCCCAAGUAAAGAGUUCUAUGAUAAGCAACUUUCUGAUGCUGAGAUUGUAAGAGAAACAAGCUAUAACAAACGUUUCCUUGAAGGAAAAAUGUAUGGCUCAUACUCUUUCAUUAACAUAUCUAAGGGUAAAGAGCAGUUUAAUCAUGAUCAUAGUUUGAAGAAUGUGAUUGAAGCGGCUGCUAUCUCUGAGAUUAUUGGAAGACUUAAAAAGGAGUUUGUAAGGACAAAGAAUAGAGUUAGCAUAGGGAUCAUAUCUCCAUACAAGGCACAAGUUCAUGAAAUCCAAGAGAAAGUGAAGCAGUACAUGGUUUCAGAUCCUAAGUUUUCUGUUAAUGUUCGUUCUGUUGAUGGCUUUCAAGGCGGUGAAGAAGACAUUAUAAUCAUAUCCACAGUUAGAUCAAAUUUGAGUGGAAAAGUUGGUUUUCUUUCCAAUAGACAGAGAGCUAAUGUUGCAAUCACUAGGGCUAGGCAUUGCCUUUGGAUAAUAGGAAAUGCUACGACAUUGGUUAAUAGCAACUCUGUAUGGAAAAAAGUUGUUGGUGAUGCAAAGGAAAGAAAGUGUUUCCAUAAUGCUGAUGAUGACAAGAAAUUGAAUGAAGCUAUUGAAGAUGCUUUGUUUGAAUUUGAACUACUAGAUGAUUCUGCAUCAGCAUUUAAUAAACUAAGCAUAAGAGACAUUUCAGUAACAAAAACUUUCUCUAGCAAACCAUUGACAUUAAUGCGACGAUGA